CUCCCUUCUUCAUCCCUCUUUCUCGUCUUUCUUCGCAUUCAACGUCUCUGGUAGACACUCAUUCCAUUCACUUUCUUCUUUAACCGUCUCUUCCCUCUCUGCACCAUUUCAAUCAUCUAUCUCCGAAAGUUCUACUCGUAAGAAUAAGUAUCAAAAUCGACAUGUUCCGCGCGUUCGUUCUGUGUGUCUCUGCGCUUGCGCUCGCUGGUCGUGUCGCGGCCCUGAAUUUCUCGCUUCCAGGAAUGACGAUGAAUGUCACUGUUCAACAGCUUCUCCAGAUUCCCUCAGGACCAUAUCUCGAUGCUUGUACGACAAACUGCUCAACUAUAAACUCGACUAUUGUCAAUUGCGCUGAUGACUCUUGCGUAUGCACGAACGACGUGGCAUCCGCGUUGGCGCAAUGCGAACAAUGCAUGUUUAACUUCCUUGUCGCACGAAACGAGAAAGCUCCUGAUCCGCGUAUCGGUUCUAACGUGGCUCUCUCUCAAUAUGCGGGUGCAUGUAACAAGACAUUCACCAACGCAGUUCUCACAAUCGCACCAGGCUGGGACGGUCCCACAGACAUCAUACUUAACACACCCUCCACCGUCGUCGUCGUCGGCUUCGGUGCAAUCCUAGCCGGUUCUGCGCUAAUGAUGUUCUCCAGCCUCUAAGCGAUCGGUCAAAUGGCACACGGCGAUCGAAUCAAGGCGGCGUGCGAUCGGGUUACUGGGAAGUGAUGCGGCGGUGGCGCUGCUGAAUUUGUCAGAUGGUGGUUAACAUGUGGAAUGCUUUCGAGUUUGAUGGAUUGUUGCGAGUUGAGAGUGGCGGUUUCUUGAUUGGCGCUGUGUGCCUUUAUUUUUCUUAUCUGUUUUUUGCUUGUAAAUUUCUUGUGCAUACUGAGGAGAAUAUGUGAGAUGGUUGGGCCGAGUUUAUCGUUAUUCCGAUUUUAUAUCGUGCAAUAGUAUUAGUACCACCAUUCACCUCCAACGUAAAAGAAAAA